AUGGGUUCUCGGCCGCAGCAAGCCUCGUGGUACGACACGAUGAUGACUUACUUGCUUCUGGCCCCGGAUUACCCUACUGUGGUCAGGUACAUAUCAGGCGCUUUCAUUGCGCUGGGCCUGUUUUUUGUGGUUCCCAUUAUCCUGUUGAUUGGAUUUGACUUCGUUGUCUGGGUCUACCGAAUCUGCUGGAAUCGCCCCUGGCAGGAGUCAAGAAAUGGUCAACUCAGACCUCCCACAGCUGCUCGACAUGCCCCAGAGACAGCCGAUGGCCUGACAGAUGUGAAGCAGCGCAUCAAAACUGCAUAA